AUGUCCCUUAGCCCGCCCCUCCAAGACUUCGCCCUGCUCUCCCAAGGCGAGGGUGACGACUCGUCCUCUCAGAUUCUCCCUGGCAAAAUGAGUCCAGCCAAGCUAAACCUUCAACGUCUCUAUGAACAGUCCCGCAGAGGAGCCCCGAAGAAGGAUGCCCCCAAUGCCGCCGCUGCCGAUGCCACCACCACUGGCGUCCCGGCCAAGGGCAAACCUCGUUUAUUACUUAUGGGCCAACGACGAAGCGGAAAGUCUUCCAUCUCGAGCGUAGUCUUCCACAAGCUACCGCCCAACGAGACCCUUUUCCUUGAGUCGACAGCGCGUAUCCAGAAGGAUUCCAUGGCAUCUUUCAUGGACUUCCAGGUUUGGGACUUUCCCGGCCAGAUUGAUAUCUUUGAGAACCCCGGUUUCGAUAUGGAGGCCAUCUUUGGUGAGAUCGGCGCACUCAUUUGGGUCAUCGACGCCCAGGACGACUACCUCGAGGCCGUAAUGCGCCUUAAUACCACCAUCCUCUCCCUUCAACGCACCUACCCCAAUAUUAACAUUGAGGUCUUCAUCCACAAGGUCGACGGCCUCUCGGACGACUACAAGCUCGACAUCCAGCGCGACAUCACUAUUCGCAUUCAGGACGAACUCUCCGACCACGGCUUCGAGAACGCACCCGUGACGUUCCACCUCACAUCUAUCUACAACCACUCUAUCUUCGAGGCCUUCUCCAAGGUUAUCCAGAAGCUCAUCCCUCGUCUCGGUACCCUCGAGUCUAUGCUCACCAACUUGUGCCGCACCUGCCGCUUCGAAAAGGCUUACCUCUUCGACGUCCUAUCUAAGAUCUACAUCGCCACCGACAGCGCCACGGCUGAUAUGGCUAGCUACGAGAUCUGUAGUGACUACAUUGACGUUAUCAUCGACAUCACAGAGGUUUACGGUACGUGGCAGCGCAGCGACGAUGGCCGCCGCCGCCUCGAAGGCGAGCCCUGGAGUGCUCCGCUUGACGACCAGGUUGGGUGUCCGACCGCCGAGAGCUGCUUGGUCUUGCACGACAGUAACAAGCCUAUUAUGCUGCGCGAGGUUGACCGUUACCUUGCCCUCGUCGCUAUCAUGAAGGAGGACUCUUACGAUAGCAUGCCGCUUGUUAACAUGAACGUCGAGGCUGUCGUCGAGGGCCUGACUGAGUUCUUUAACAUUACCAAGCCUAGAGAGGAAUGA